ACAUACAUGUUACAUGUGUUACAUGUGUGUUAUACCAAGCCCUGACCUGCCUCUGAAUUCUUCAGGGGUAUCAGUGUUGUUAAGGAGGCUCCCAUGGUUGAGAUCAAUAUUAUGUGACAGAAAAACAUUUCACUCUGAGAAAACAUUUUGACACAAUUCCUCCUCUCUUUGGAAUGUAUGAACACAGUAAUUAAUUUUUGCACAUUAAUGUUGUUGGAAAAUAUUUGAGGAAAUUAAGUGAAGCAACUGAAAUAAUGUGUAAACUGGCUGACAACCAGAAAACACCAACAUUGGUGGUGAAUUACAAAAUGUACAGAUCUGGGUCUCUACUGCAGAAAGAUCCAAAAGGCAUAAAAAACUGGACGAGUCAUAAUUUUCUCCUCCUAAAUUCAAAUAAAACAGAAUUAAUUUUAUUUGGCCCAAAACACCUGAGAGAAAAAUUAUCUAAUUAAAUACCAACCCUAGAUGGUGUUGCUCUAACUCCCAGUAACACUGUGAGGAACCUGGGAGUGAUCUUUGACCAAGACUUAUCCUUCAACUCCCACAUUAAACAGGUCUGCAGGACCUCCUUCUUUCACCUGCGUAAUAUUUCUAAAAUCAGGAACAUGCUGACUCAAAGCAAUGCUGAGAAAUUAAUCCAUGCAUUUGUUACCUACAGAGUAGACUGCUGUAAUUCCUUGUUAUCAGGGGCCCCAAUAACUGCCUAAAAAGUCUCCAACUCGUUCAAAACGCUGCAGCAAGAGUUCUCUCAAGAACCAGCAGGAGAGAUCAUAUCACCCCAAUAUUAGCUUCCCUUCACUGGCUUCCUGUUAAAUCUAGAAUAGAAUUCAAAUUCCUGAAGUCUUGAACUAAUAAUAUUCUAAUAAUAUUAUUAGAAUAUCUUAAUAAUGCGUUUAAUAGACAUCUAUAAGACGAGUGGUUUCUGUAAGGGAUUUAAAUUUGGAACAAAAGUAAACGUCUAGCAAACGUCUAAAUUUAUACAAUAGACGUUCAUUAGCGGUUAUUUAAACUUCAAAGAUCAAAAGAGGCAUAUACAUUUGGUGUAUAAAUGAACGUCUGAUAAAUGUCUAAGUUUAGACGUCUACAAAUUGACGUAUAUUAAUGGUUAUUUAAACAUCUAAGAUGAGACGAGGCGUACAGACGCAGACGGCAAAAAGACGGCUAAUGCUUAGACGUCUAAAAGACGUCUGAGCCAGUGUUGCCAACUGCCCAGUAAGAAAAGUCGCUAUUGGCUGUCCUAAAAGUCGCCAGAAGUCGCUAGAUGACAUCAUCACCUAAUGUGCAUAAUUGGCAAUUUGCAUGUAAUUGUAAUGGAUGCUGUAGGAGAGAGGAAUAACAUCGUGGGUGAAGCAAAAAGUGAGCUAAUAACACCCUCAAUAUGUUUAGAAUACAAAUGAACUGACAAAAGUGUGACAGUGAAGAAACAUUUAACAUGUCCAUUCCGCUCUCUGACCCAGGAUGGGAGCAGCGCCGGAUUUGCGCACACUCUAUUCAUUUAAAGUGUGGAGGCGGAGCGGUGUGGGUCUGCUCUCUGCUCUGACUGCAGCAGGGAGCGCUGCGUGACACUGACCGCUUGGACUGAAAGUCAUCGAGUCAGUCAAGUAUAAAGUUUACAGAACAAAAUAAAGACAAAAUGGCCCCAACACUGAACCAGAAUCCACAGCCUGGGGACCUGAUUGAGUUCUUUCGAAUCGCCUAUCAGCACUGGGCCGUGUAUGUUGGCGGUGGUUACGUUGUUCACUUGACAGGAGCCUCUGAUGGCCCGGGUUCCAGUUCCAACAGUUUUUCAUCUGCUCCGAAUAAGAAGGCCCUGGUGAAGAAAGAGAAGCUGCAGGACGUAGCUGGAACAGACGACUGGACAGUCAACAACAUCCUGGACAAGACGUCCAGGCCCCGGCCGGUGGAUGACAUUGUGAAAGAUGCCUGUGCUCUGGUGGGCAAAGAGAUGUCGUACCACGUCUCCAAGAGCAACUGUGAACAUUUUGCCACUAAGCUGCGCUACGGCAGACCACUGUCCCUGCAGGCAUUGCUGACUUUCGGUGCCAUAGGAAUCGUUGCGGCAAGCCCGUUGGGAUGGGGCGGAGCCGCUGUCAUGACUGUGGGUGUCAUAGCUUACCGUGUCCUAAAGUGGAGUGGCUCGUUGUCAUGAAACAGCUUAAAAGAGGACAAAGCCACACACUGAUGCACAUCAGCAAAGUGUCACUGAUACCACUGCUUGAAUAACUUAAAAGUAUCUAUAAUCCAGCAGAAAUAUUAUCAUGUUUACCUUCAUCUGUCUUUAGCUGGGUGAUUUGGGACAAAGUCCUUCUAUUCUCAGAGAACAAAGUGAGAUUGACAAAUACUUUUUUCUAUGAAAGUACCUCGUUCAAAUGUUUGAGUUUCAAUUUCAGAUGGUGGCUAAUAAUGUAAUUUAGAUUGUGAAAAGUUUUUCUAUGUAUGAAACCUUCAUGUAAUAAUCAUACAUAUAAAGUAUAAAUAAAAAGUUGCUGUAGCUCCAUGGUGA